AUGUAUCCCCAGAUGCCUGCAUGGCGACCCCUUACUAUGAGCUCGUGGUGGAUCCUUAUGCUCACAGUUCUUGCACUUGUACUCGCUGGCGUUCAAGAAUACCUAUGCCAAAUUUCCUUACGCGAUGUUGAAGCAGAUCCUCAGAAAGGCGGGUUGUGGCAUUUCGUGAAAGUUGGCGACUUGACUGUCACGCAAUAUUUCACCUGGCAGUACGCGCCCAUCAUCAUUUCAGUCUUUUACGGCGUCCUUUGGCAAAUGUCGGAUUUCGAGGUGAAACGUUUGGAGCCCUUCUACCAGCUAUCCAAGAAGACAGGCGCAACUGCGGGAGAAUCGCUUAACAUGGACUAUCUCACCUUUUUGAGCUUCUUAGUACCGCUAAGAGCACUGCGUCACAGACAGUACGCCGUCAUUUACAGCUCGCUGGGUACAUUGGUCGCUAGUAGCCUUGUACCUGUCUUGCAGAGUGCCUCUAUGACUAUGUGGCCACCAGAAAAGGACCGUAAACUUAAUGGCUGGAAGGCUGUGAGAGUCGAACCGGCCUGGUCCCGAGCGCUCUCGGCGUGCCUUUUGAUAGUUGCAGCCUGUGGAGGAGCGCUGAUGUACGCAAUGCAGAGGAAGAGCGGCCUGCAGUCGGACCCCAAGGGCAUUGCAGGUAUCGCAGCUAUGGCUACGAAAAGCCAUAUUCUGACGGACUUCAAGGGGCUCGACCAGGCUUCUUUGCCUCAGAUACACAAGCAACUUCGCCAACGAAGAUACAUCUUGCACAAAAGCUCACUCUGGCAAGGAGAAUAUAUAACGAAGAGCAAGGAAAAGAUUCCCGAGCACGGCUCCGAUCCCAGGCCGCUCAUGCUUCGUCUUUGGGCGGGUGUGCCUUUCAUCGGCUUUCUCAUCCUGUUCACCGUUGCGGUGCCAGUCUUCACAUUCGUCAAGGCGAUGAGUAGAGCCACACAGAAGGUACCCUGGAUGAUGACGGGCCUAGCAACUGUCAUCCGCAUACUCUGGAACACCAUGAAUAGCGACGUUCGCAUGCUUCAACCUUUCUACAUCCUUUCUCUGCGACACGCCCCAGCCAAGACUCUUACACUCGACUAUGCUGGUACGAAUCCUCUUUGGUUGCCCUUCGAAGCUUUCUUCAAUGGGCAUUACCUUGUCAUGCUCGUCGCCUUUGGAUCCAUCUUUGCGGAGAUCCUAACGGUCUGCGUGACCUCAAUCAGCGUCGAUGGCAACAAAUUUAUGCCUGGAUUCGGCGGCCAAAAGUCUGACGACGACCACGACGGCAGCAACGACGAUGCAUCUGAUCGUUAUAACACGGAGCAAACCUUUCGCAGUUUCUGGUCGAGCUUAACGCUCACCAUGCUCAUUCUGAUCUAUCUCAUCGGCAUCGCUCUUCUCACCUACGCGAGGCGCAGUCAGAAGUUCAUGCCCAGAGAAAUCGGCACCAUGGCCUCCGUCCUCGCUUUCAUCCACCAGUCCAAGAUGCUCUUCAGCUUCAUCGACACGGAGAAGCUGAACUCAAGGGAGAUGACGAAACACCUAGAGAAGAGUGGAAAGACGUACGCGUUGGGCUGGUUUCAAGGAAGAGAUGGCGAAGAUCACUUGGGCAUCGACGAAGAAGAGAUCAGCAGCGCGUACGUCUUUGGCAAGGAUUGGACUGAGGGGCGGCUGAGACCAGGUAGAGAUCUGACGUGGGAGGUUUAUUAG